AUGAGCGCGAUCCCGGCCGGGCACGACGGCAGGAUGGAGGGCGGCAGAGGCAGCCGGGCCGACAGCGGCAGCGGCGGCGGCGGCUCCCCGAGGCUCCAGCCGUGCGCGCAGCCUCCCAGCAGCAGCAGCGGCAGCAGCAGCAGCAGCAGCAGCCGGACCAAAGAUGCCAGACACCAGCAGCAGCAGCUCCAGCAGAGGCAUCAUGGUGGGUCGAUGUGGAAGCAGCCGUCUCACAACGAGCCCUCGGACGUCGUGAGGCGCGCGUUGGACUUCAAGUGCCAGGGCACCCAGUGCUACAAGGAUAAGAAGUACCGGGAGGCGAUCGGCAAGUACCACCGCGCUCUGCUGGAGAUCAAGGGGCUGUGCAGGGUGCUGGGAGACCCGGACACCGGCUCCAAGCCGCCGUCCCCCCUCCUGCCGACCUUCAGCAAGUCCAGCACCCUGACGGACGAGCAGAAGGGGGCCAUGGAGAACGCAGAGCUGGAGUGUUACAACAGCCUGGCAGCCUGUCUUUUGCAAAUGGAGCUGGUGAACUACGAGCGAGUGAAAGAAUACUGUUUGAAAGUGCUUUACAAGGAAGGGAAGAACUUCAAGGCUCUCUACCGCUCCGGAGUGGCCUACUACCACCUGGGGGACUUCCAGAAGGCCCUGUACUACCUGAAGGAGUCACACAAACAGGAGCCAUCAGACACCAAUGCCAUCCGCUACAUCCAGCUGACAGAGAUGAAGAUUCGCCGGAGCGCCCAAAGGGAAAAGAAAGAGGCCACAUAAGCACUGGCUGUCUGAUGGCUUCUCGGCCAUCGUGCAUUUAAAGCCCGACUGUGUGCCACCCAGACCUCGCACACCCACAGUCAGAGCUCUGGGUGUGAAGCGGUGUUCUGUUUGCUUUUGCUUUGCACAACAUCCGGUUGCCAGUUUUGUGAUUGAACUUCACCAAUGUGUGCUUGAAGCAGUUAAAAAAAAAAAAAAAAUUGUGCCAGAUAUUGAGUUUUUGCCUCGACACCGUCAAACUACGGUGGCCGAGAGAGCUCAACACACUGUGGAUUAAUGAAACACAUGCAAAUAGAAAUAAGACUUGCAAAUCAAGAGUGCAAAUACAGAAACGCCCUGCAAAUAGCGAGAGUGACACUGGAAACAUUUCCAGGGAACCCUUAAAAUGUUAUGAAUUUAUUGAAGUCUUUUCUUGUUUUUCUUAAUUUGCAUGUGUGGUUUCUAUUUGCCUUUUUAAUCUGCAGUGUGUUGAACUCUCUCGGCCACCGCACCGAAUGGAUCUAGAAUGAAUCCAUCGGGAUUAUGUUUUAAACAUUACAAACUGAUGCACUGCCAGUCCAAACAUUGCACAUACAGGCCAACACUUGUGAUACAGACAGGAGCAACACGGCCUA